AUGGCACUGGGGGGCGAUUGUGAAAAAUGUAUCCUUUCAGAAUCAAGGAGAAUUGUCAUCCUGGGAAAAACUGGAGCAGGGAAAAGCAGCCUGGCUAACACCAUAUCUGGACAGAGACUGUUCAAGGUCAACCAUACUCCCAAAUCUGGAACAAGUGAAUGUCAAGCAGAAACCAUAUAUGUCAAAGGAAGGAGAUUAACUUUGAUCGACACUCCAGGUUUCUUUGACACCAUCACACCUGAAGAAAGUCUGAAGCCUGAGAUAGUGAGGUGUAUCACAGAGUGCGCUCCUGGGCCUCAUGCUUUUCUCAUUUUACUGAAAGUGGAGAAAUUCAGUGAACACGAGAGGGCUGUCAUCGAUAAGAUUAAGGGAUACUUGUCUGAAGAAGCCUUCAGAUAUGCAACAGUUGUCUUCACUCAUGGUGAUCAGCUCCAAGAGGGACAUACAAUUGAAGAUUUCAUCCAUGAGGAUGAGAAUCUGAGAGAUCUGGUGCAGAAGUGCGGCGGCCGCUGUGCUGUCAUCGAUAACAAGUACUGGGACAAAAAGGAUGAAGACAGGAGCAACGAGGUCCAGGUAGAGAAGCUGCUCAAGGUGACGGACAAGAUGAUCAAGGACAACAAAAAUGGCUGCUACACCAAUGAGACGCUACUAGCAGUGGAGGAAAAGAUACAACAAGAGAUAAAAAUCAUUAAGCAGGAUCAGCAAUCAGGAAGUGUCAUGUCAGUACAAAAGAUAGAGACAAAGGCUAAACGCAGUGUUUGGAAAAAGCUUCUAACUAAACUUAUAGGUAUAACAGUAGGUGCCUUGCUAGGAGCUUUCUUUGGUGCGGCAAUAAUGGUGGGAGUAGCCUUUAGAAGAAACUCUCAAGCACCAUCAGUCAUAACUUUAGCGGCAUCAGCUGCAGUGGGAGCAGUGAUAGGAGGGGGUGUAGGAUAUGUUGCCGCUUCUGGAGCAGAGACACCAAAGGAAGCAGCAAAGAAAGCAGCCAAGGCUGUCAAAGCUGUCUAUGAAGAAUCUGUCCUAGCGUAA